AAGUUCCGUUUUCACAAUUUCAGAGUAAAAGCAUAGGCUACUUACUUUGGACUAGUCUACUUAGUCUGAAUGUUUACGUGUUGCAGGGACCGUAUCUAACUACUGCUUGCAAACCUCAUGUGUUGCAAACAAAAGUUAUCCACGUAGACCGACUAAUUACAUUUUCUGAAAAUGGAAAGUCAGGGACGAGGAGGAAGAGGAGGAAGGAGAGGAGAAAGAGGAAGGUGCGGUGAGGACAAGGAUGUCCGUCUGUCCAAGUCUAUGUCAUUUGCCCUGCGACACGGAGCCAACAAGUUGGGACUGCACCUGAAUCCUGAUGGCUUCUUAUUCGUUGAAGACCUUCUAGCUCACCCACAGUUCCGCUCCUACUCAUUGGAGGAUGUGGAAAGAGUGGUGGCUACCAAUGACAAGAAGCGAUACAAGCUCUGCCGUCACCCAGAAGAUGGACGGUUGCAGAUACGAGCCAAUCAGGGCCACUCUCUGCAGGUGCCUGAUCUGGAGCUAAGACCGGUGCAGGCCGGUUCCUCUGACUGCCCUGUGGAGGGUGUUCACAGGUCCUACCUCUGUCACUGGACCUCCAUCAGAACCCAGGGGCUCAGUAGGAUGAACAGAACACACAUCCACCUGUGUCUACCAGGGGAGGAAGACAGUGGUAAGAGGGAUGUCUGUGACCUGGCCAUAUACAUCAAUGUCCCUAAGGCCCUGGCUGAUGGUAUCCAGUUCUUUUUGUCUGAAAAUGGUGUCCUGCUUACCCCUGGAGAUACUGAGGGGAAGCUACCAUUGAGGUACUUCAGCAAAGCUCUGAGACUGAAGCCCACAAGGAGUAUUCUGCCAUUGGAGUAGUUGAAGAUAUUGCUCUGAGAAUUGGGGGGACAAGUCACCACACAGUGAGAAAGCAUUAGGGAGGCUGUUUCUAUGGAAAAGUAUACUGUUUGGAAAGAGCACUUGAUAUUGUUGAGAGACUGUGAAAGCCCUCAGCAAUAACACCAACAACACUGAAUGAUGUUUCUGUUACAGUCGUAACAUUUACAUGACUGAGCACUGAGCAGGAUACAGAAGGAACGGUUGAAGUAUCAGGACCGGCUGUGGUUAACGGAUAGUCUUCACUGUUCCUUAGAGAGAGCACACACACAGUGUGAAUGUUGUUUGUGAUACAUUAUCUGUGGUUUCCUAAGCUGUUUCUGCCUUUUGCAUGAAACCGUGUUCAAGUUUCAGCCAUUUAUAACAAGUAUUUGCCAUGUGUAACAAAUAGAAGUAUAUUGGAAUUAUUGCACCUCAAUUGUCUUUUAAAAUCUGAUGAAUAAAUAAAUUAUAAUCCUA